UGCACUGAUCGAUCAGUCGUCUUUCUUGGACAAGAAGUGGCCUGUGGCGCCCAUAUAAUUAAGUAAGGCUGCAUGGCGACGUCGAGCAAGGGCGCGAGGAGGAGCCUGAUAUCGAGGACCCUGCACCAGUGCAAGUCCAGGCUGAGCGCUGGCCGCGCUUCGUCCCCGGUUGCGGGGUGCUUCUCGGUGUACGUGGGGCCCGAGCGGGAGCGCAUCGUGGUGCGCGUCGAGUGCGCCAAUCACCCGCUGUUCCGGCGCCUCCUGGACGACGCCGAGCGCGAGUACGGGUACUCGGCGCAGGGCCCGCUCGCGCUGCCUGGCUGCGACGUCGACGCUUUCCUCGACGUCCUGCGCCAGAUGGAGGAGCACGAUGGCGCCGACGGCGGCGGCGAGAUCCCCGCUGCCGCGUCGUCGCCGAUAUGCGGCCUGCAAAGCAGCAGCAAGGGCCGAGCGGCGGGGUACCGGAUGCUGAGCCCGAGGUCGUCUCCAGUGGUUUGGUCGGAGGAGGUGAUCAGGCAGCAUGCACUCGAUCAACAUGCGGCAGCUUAUGAUUCUAAUCAUGAUUAGUAAUUGGUGCUUAAUUGAUUUGCUCCUAUACUGCUGAGUAAACCAUCCAUAGCCGAGCAAGAGAGAGUGACUCUUUCAUUUAAGUUGGAGGUUCCUGCUCUCUCUCUCUCUCUCUCUCUCUCUCUCUCUCUCUCUCUCUCUCUCUCUCUCUCUCUCUCUCUCUCGUAUACAGAAGUGUGUGGUGAUAAUUAGCAAUACAUGUUUAGUUUAGAUCCAUAGCUAUAGGUUCGUACAUAUAGUUGAAAGAACUCUGUGUGCUGAAUUAUACAAAGAGAAUCUUCCUGUCAUUUUGGGCAGUGUUUUUCGACAAACACAGCACAUCUGUACGUAACAUAUGGUUUAUGGUGUAACAAGCUACUGCAGCAUGCAGUUACUGAUCAAAU